CCGUCCGUGCCGAUGCACGUGCUGUCACGACUGGCCAUCAACUCGGACCUGUGCUGUAGCAGCCAGGACCUGGAGUUCACCCUGCAGUGCCUGGUGCCCGACUUCCCGCCGCCCAUCGAAGCCGCCGACUUCACCGAGCGCCUGGGUCGCCAGCUAGUGUGCCUGGAGCGCGUCACCUGCUCGGACCUGGGCGUCAGCGGGACGGUGCGCGUGCGCAACGUGGCCUUCGAGAAGCAGGUGGCAGUGCGGUACACCUUCUCGGACUGGCGCAGCGCGCACGAGGCGGUGGCUAGGUGGCGCGGGCCGGCGGGCGCCGAAGGCACCGAGGACGUCUUCACCUUUGGCUUCCCAGUGCCGCCCUUCUUGCUGGAGCUCGGCUCCCGAGUGCACUUUGCCCUGCGCUACCGGGUGGCCGGUGCCGAGUACUGGGACAACAACGGCGGUCGCGACUACAGCCUCACGUGCCGCGACCACGCGCUGCACAUGCCGCGGGGGGAGUGCGAAGAGAGCUGGAUCCACUUCAUCUGAGCGCCCCCGGGCCCGGGACUGGUGCCUCCGCACGCACGCGAGCCGAACCUGCUGUUGCUUCAGAGCCCUGCUCUCAUCGGGGAUGGCCCUUCUUCACAGCCCAUCCCCAAACUUUGGUCGUCUGACCCCACGUCCUGCUGCAAGGUGUGCUGGCAGUGAUCCAUCCUGUCUUCUACUCGAGACGUCUGUGUCACUUGGUCUAAAACGUAGCCUCAGCUGCCACGAGGCCGAGCUGUGUCUGUGCUGGGGUGGGGAGCUGGGAGAGUGGAUGCAGGGGCCGGCGGGCGCUCUGAAGAGGAGCAGGCAGGGUGUUUAUGAAAAGGCCUGCAUCCUCCCUCUGGGAAGGCCUGUGGCUUCCGCAUGUAUCCUGAUUGGGUUUCUCUGAAUGUAGUUGUUAUUUAUUAUCAUUGUGAUGUUGGGACCUUUUGCCCUCAAUGGAUGCCUUCUUGGGACGUUCUGGAUUUAAUAAGCUAAAGGAAGUCAGCCUCGCUAUUUGUGCCUAUUGUAGGCAGAAUAUACAGUGUGACCCCCAUCGUGGUCCCCCAAGGCAUUCCUGCCUCGGGUCAAGGAAAACCCGAGAUCUCACUUGCUUGCCAAUGUCUGUAGGCUUCUAACAGCCGGGAAACUAUUAAUAGGCAAGAAAUGUAUGCCUCAUCAGUCAUCCUACAACCAUUCCUGGGAGUUCAGGCUGCCCUGGUUCGGCUGUGAGUCUCCGACAUCAGCAACUGAGAAGGAGGAAAAUGCUAAAACUGUUAAUUAGCAAAACAGCCCUUCUGCAGUCUCUCUUCUCAUUUUGUGUGUUUUUCUUGUGUAUGUUUGAUGAUUACGUAUCUGCAUGUUAUCAGGCCAUUCUGUUUAGGUUUGAACAACCUAAACAUUUGAAGAAAUCCUGCCUCAAGUUAUUUCAGUUUUCAGGCAACUCUAUAGUUUCCGGCACGAUGCUCUUUGCAAUUACCUGUUUGAUGAUUAAGCUGAUUCUCUUUAUGACUUCUUAAGCAUCAAAGUUUCCAGCAGUCAUCUUUUAGAAGUUACGUUACCAAGUGGAACUAACAGGUGUUUUCAGCGAUAGCCAGAGCACUGGAGGGAAAAGAAGACACCAAUAUUUAUACUUUUGAAAUUGUUUUCAAUUCUAUUUAUAUAUACCUGAUUUUAUUAGCUACCUGCGAGCUUUAUUCUUUGUGCCUUCAGACAGAAAAGUUUAUGACAUUGUCUGGACUUGUUUUCCAGUUUCUAAAUGUUAAGUGCUUUUGAAAAAAAAAAACCUCCAACCAAGAAAUCAAGACCAUUGUCCCCUGCAGAGUGCCACAGUGACUUAAAACUCUCAGCGAGGGACUGGUGAUUUCUUCUGGUGCUGAGCAGUGGUCAGACAGCAGGUGCUAGCACUGAGGUGCGAAAACCCAGGUGGACGUGGUCUCUAACUUGGGAAGCUGCUUUCUGAUACAGCUGAAACAGUGUGUUCAAUUUUGUGAUGACUAUCACCAAUGAAUUAACUCUAAAUUUUUAAAUGCUUAUUGCCACUUGUCAAAUAAGUAUGUAAAGGAUAUGCUUUGCUUUUAAACCAAUUUCUGUGUGUGUGUGUUUUUAAGAUUCCAACAGCAGGGAUAGCUUUCUCUGGUACCUUCUGAUCUAAGAACAUGGAAUUUUGAUUUUAAAUGUUGUGACUAAAUGGAACAGUUGCUGGCUGUUAGAACUGUGUACUACAUUGACAUGCAAGAGGGAGAGAAGCCUGGUUGCAUUUCCUGCUCUUUAACAAACAGUCCAGUGAGGCCAGGAAGCCUGUGAAGGCCUCGGCUGCUUUGCCCUUGGCCCCGGCCCUGUGCGCAGGAGCAUUCAGGUAUGAGCUGGAGCUGGCAGACGUAUUGCUAUGGAAAGGCACAUAGAGAAUCUUAUAAUCCGUCUGAAGGUCACUUCCCAAAAAAGGUUCUGGUCACAGAGUACAAAGUAAAUGUUACAUCUUUGAUAUUAAGAGAACCUCAAUGUGCCUUUGAAAAAAGAUCAAUAUUUAAACAUUUGAAAGCUUAAAUAUACCUGCCUAGUUGAUUAAAAAAGUUGCAGAAAAGCUUAAGGAGAUGUAGAGACCUGAAAAUACAGUUAUGUGGCCGAGAGGUUCACAUUUUGUUGUGGAUUGUGCAAUGAUUGGGUUGUCUCCCCAAACAUAUUUUAAUGCCUGGCAUGUAAGAUGACUUCACCUAUGCCUAAAUAUUAAAGUCCAUAUGCACAAAUUG